UCAAACUUGGAAAUAGAAUCUGUUGCUGAAGCUUUAAUCAAAGCACAUCCAUGCUUAAGAGAACAAGGAUCUUUCAGUGGUUUCUACGGAUGGAAGAUUAGCCUCAAGUACAAGAUGGCAAAUUAUAGGACAAAGCUUAGAAACUUGGGGUGCCCAGAAGUGAGCAUUAAUUCCCUCAAGCACAAACCAACCGAUCGAUGUCACCCAGCAUAUGCUGUCAAAAAACCUAGAAAGGCAGAGGUAAAUUUUUGUCCUCCUUAUCCGGCUGGAGAGACCCAGGACAGCCUUGAAAGGGAGAGAUUGGCAUUGCUAACUGAGGUCAAGAAGAAGCAUAAUGAGAUAGUUAUCAAAGAGAAGAUGGCCAGGACCUUUGCAUACAGGAGGCAGGAACUUGUCAAAAACAAUCCCAUGAUCGCCGACUUCAAGAUCAGAUGGCCAGGACUAUUUAGUGUGGCUGAGGUAGAAGCAGAAUUUGUAAGGAUUACUACUGCUCCACUGGUUCCGAGGUUUCUUGCACAACUUGACCAAUACACUGACCAACUAAUAAAAGUCUUCAAGAAUAAAGGAGGCGCUGCAGGGAGGAAAAUCAGGCAAAUUUUGGCCCCAGCCACACAGAAUGAAACUAUUGAAAAGAGGAGGGAGUGUGUCCUCAGGGCACUACCUCUUUACCUAAAUGAAGACCCAAGCAUCCUCUUUAAAGAAUACCUGGUUGCUGUUCAAAGGGAGCUGGAACAAAUUACCCUUGGUAUCUUCACCAUCAGUGUUGAAGGAGGUGAUGCCAGCACUCCUCCAGCUGAUGUGGGUAUAACCAUCGAGGGUGUUGAAGUUCUGCAUGACCUGGGAGACAUGGCCUCUGCGUUUCUCCAAGGAGCACUAUGGAUUGUGUGGAACCCAUUCCAGGAUCCUGCCAAAUACCUCAAGAAGGAUGGAUACUCUUAA